AUGAGUGACUGGUUGAACGAAGAGAUUUUGAACUUCCUGGAGCGGUACCAAGGAGAAACGUGCAUUUGGGACAUAGGCCAUCCGGAUUACAAAGAUAACAAAAAAAAGCUGGCGCAUGGAGUCGCCUUAGCGCAGCAUUUAGGUGAAUCAGUAGACUUAGUAACACCUCUGCAAAGGCCUAGCGAGCGAAAGUGGUGUUUAAAGAAAUUGCACAUGUUGUUUGAAUUAAUAAAUAAAGUAAAGUUACUCAAACUGGAACCUGUUCCAGAACACAAAAUAGCGUCAAUGGUGUCACUCCUGCUACAAGAAUCUGUAAGAAACAGCUAUUUGAUGACAGUGAUGACUUUGGUGAUGACAAAUAGCACGAAAGCUGGAGAGCUCUGCCUAAUAGUCACGGAAUUCACAAAACAGUAUGCAGAUGGCGGACCUUUCAUAGACCCACUAGGGAUGCCAAAAUUGGGAUAUUCAGUUACACACGAUUGUUCUUUAGAUCUCGAAUGUCAAAAUACAGCUGCAUAUGAUGAAUUCGCUGCUGAUAAGAGAAACUUCAUUGGUACAACGAUGUCUACAGUUGAGGUGACUCGUCUUGGUUACAAUCUACGGAAAUGUCUGAAACCUCAAUAUUUUGAAGAUAUUACUGGCAUUUACUGCAAAAUGGUUGAACCAGUAAAGAUUAUUCCAGAGAAUUGUGUCUCUAUUAUGUUAAGUCGUUUCUCCCUGAUGGAUCGCGAUGAAUACGUAACGUGCCGCAACUCAGAAAAGGCUAAGCAAAAUGUUCAGCUUAGGGUUUGUUCACAAGUUGUCUGUGACAUACCUGAAAAUGGUGCUAAGCUGGCUCUAAACAGAUUACAAGAUGGGCCCCGGCUUCUGACGUAUAAUUACGAACAGACAUACCUCGUAAAUAUAUAUGAAAAUUUCAAAGAGGAACAUGGACCUAAGAACACCUUAGUACAGCUCUACACUCAAUACGAGAAGAUGGAACGUCCCCGAGAGAACAAUUCUGCAACUAGUUUCGAGCUAAAGACAAUAUUUAAGAGAAGAUUGUAUGAACGAAAAUGGAUGGUCCAACUUUUUCUUAGUUCUAGGUAA